GCUAGCUUACAAGCCUGACACAACGUUACACUUCUGACGAAUUACCAGCAGCUUGUUUGGUUUUAACUGGACUCGACUGAGUAUUUAAAGGAUGCCAUGCCACAAUCAGCAACUGAACAAUGUCAACAGUGGCCAGGAGCACCCAAUGAAGCAAGUGCGUUUUGCAAACAGCAGCAGCAGCGGCGGCGGCGGCGGCGGCGGCGGCAGUGUGCCUGCAGUGCUGUCCAACUCUGAACCCACUGAUGCCGCCACACUGUCCGACAGCCAACAUAACCUGGGACCUCAGCUUAAACUGCUCCCCUUGAAUGACCAGAUCCGUGAAUUACAGACCAUAAUCAGAGACAAGACAACCAGCAGAGGAGACUUUGUGUUUUGUGCUGAUCGACUGAUCAGACUAGUAGUUGAAGAGGGUUUGAAUCAGCUCCCCUACUCAGAGUGCACUGUGACCACACCAACAGGCUACAAGUAUGAAGGUGUCAAGUUUGAAAGAGGCAACUGUGGAGUCAGCAUAAUGAGAAGUGGUGAGGCCAUGGAGCAGGGUCUCAGGGACUGCUGCCGCUCCAUCCGCAUCGGCAAGAUCCUCAUCCAGAGUGAUGAGGAGACACAGAAAGCCAAGGUCUACUACGCUAAGUUCCCUCCAGAUGUAUACAGAAGAAAAGUGCUGCUCAUGUACCCAAUCCUUAGUACCGGGAACACUGUGAUUGAGGCGGUGAGGGUGCUGAUAGAGCACGGAGUCCAGCCCAGACAUAUUAUCCUCCUCAGCCUCUUCUCCACGCCUCACGGAGCCAAAUCUAUAAUCCAGGAAUUCCCAGAUAUCACCAUUUUAACUACAGAGGUUCACCCAGUGGCCCCGACACAUUUUGGACAGAGGUACUUUGGCACUGACUAAACAGAGGACAACCCGAGGAACAUGAUCUGCAGAUUGUUUUCAGUAUAUUUUGUCCUGUUUAUUUAAAUGUAUCUCAUGUUCUCCUUGUUGUGCCAAAUACUGCUACUUUCUCUCCAAAGUUCCUAAACUGAUACAAAACAAUCAAUCUGACUGUAUUUAUUAUCUUUUUUUGGCUUGUUUUUGCUGUGUGCUCAUGCUUAAGAAAGACGGCAAAACUGAACCUUGUGAAGAGUUCAACUUGGAUCAUUUUAUUUUGCAUGUUACAACUGAUGGUAAAUAAAGAAUUUAUAUUUGUUAAAAGACA